GAUAAAACACUUUAAAAAAUUACAUCACUGUAAAAUUAGGUCGAAUAUAUAUGAAAGAUGGUGAAAAUAACAAAUUUACUUAGUUAAUUAGUAAGAAAAAAAAUUACGAUUUAUAAAUAACUAGGUUAGUUCUUUGGAUUUGUUCCAAAAUCUUACGUACGGGAAUAACAGUGUUUGCACUUACGUACUGUACAACUCUAUAAUAGUAAUUAUAUGAUUUAUUACGUUCGAACUGUUAAAUCAGACACGUGAUGAAGCGAAUUCAAUGAAAUUAUCCCGUUAAGCCAAGGUUAAAUUAAUAAAAAAAGAAAGUUCUGCCGAUGUGUACUAGCAAUACACUGUGCUUUCAACGUAGAAUUCUCGAGAUAAACAAUGAAUAUUUUUCGAGCAGCCAGAAAUAUGAUGAAACAAAGGCCACUGGUUGGCAACAUGCUCUCUUUUGGUGGAAUGUACGUAGCCGCAGAAUUCAGCCAACAGACAAUAAUUUUACAUUUGGAUAAAUCCGAUAAAGGAUAUAAUUGGCCAGCUAUAGGAAGGUAUGUAGUUAUGGGAACAUUUUUAUAUUCGCCAUUACUUUACUACUGGUAUCGAUAUCUAGACGGCGUUCUUCCUUCUAAGGCCAUUAAAGUAGCCAUUAAGAAAACAUUGAUAGAUCAAGCAGUCUCUUCCUCCAUACUCUUAGUGGUGUUUUAUGUUGGUAUGAGUAUUAUGGAAAGAAAGGAAGAUAUAUUCGAAGAGGUGAAGCAAAAAUGGCUGCCGUCUUAUAAAUUAAGUUGCUGUUUUUGGUUACCAACUCAAGCCAUCAAUUUCUUUUUGGUUCCUGCAUACUUGAGAGUUGUUUUUGUAGGCAGUGCAUCAUUUGUAUGGGUUAAUGUCUUAUGUAUACUUAAAAGAAUGCAAAUGAAAAAAGAAGCAUAGCUUUAUUUAUAUCCAUUCAUUUGAAUACUUAUUAUUCAAAGAAUAAUGAAAGACUGAGUAUAAAUUUACAAUUAGGAAAAACAGUAUUAAAAAAAAUAUUAAUUUUCAAAUGUAUCACUGUAUAUAAAUUUAAUUUUGUAAAUAUAUUUAGUAAUUUUAUCAUAUAACUUUUAUAUAG